AUGGCUAAAAAAAUAACUCCUGCUGAAGUUUUAUCAUCGGAUUUUCACUCUGAUACAUCAUCGUCUUCAGACAAGCAACAAGAUAAAUCAUCAAAUGUAACAACCAGAAAAAGUUCCAUUAAAAAUUAUGUCACCAAUGUUUUGAGUAGACUUGGAAGAGACGAUGAACAACAAACUGAUUUAUCACAAACUGAAAUAGAAAUUGAUGCAAAGACAACCAGUAAUGGUCGUACUUAUGAAAAUGUAUCUGCUUUUCGACAAUAUCAUUCUCAUGCUGAGGGUGCAGCAAGAACUGAUGCUCAUCGACGACAAGAAGAUUUUGGUAGUGACGAUGAUUUAGACAAUCAUACAUUAUCAGAACAUUCAACCAAUUCAAAUGAACAAAAUCCAGGAUUCAAUUUAGAUCCGAAUCCAAUUAUUCAAGAACGUGAAAGUGGUGAACAAAUAUACAAACAAAAAGUUUAUUUACGUCAAUUACAACCACCUACUCCACAGCCAGUUGAAAUUCAAGUUCAAGAAGUCUUACUUCAACCACAAGUACCAAAACCACCAAUACAUAUUCGAGUUGGUCAACGUGAACCUCGAACUCCUUCACCAAUUAUCAUUAAAAGUACACCACCACAACCUCCACCAAUUGAACCUGAUCAACCAAUUAUUUAUAAUAAAUAUGUUCCACCACCAAAACAACCCCCACAACAAAUAAUCAUUCAUCGUUAUCCAGAUUUACCACCGAAACCACGUCCUAUUGUUGUUGAACAAUGGUUACCCUUUAAACCAGCACCAAAACGUAUUAUUAAACAGUCAUUACCACGUGAAGCCACUCAAACUCCACCACCUCCACAUAAUAUCAUUGUUGCAUAUGGUAAACCACGUACUCUUGUUGAAGUUGAAUUAGUUCGUUUACCAAUGGUUAAAAUUGAUCCUUACACAUAUCAACAAAUGAGUAUUGGUGGUCAACAACAAUUGGGACAAUAUCAAACAUUUCAACAUGAACGAGAUUAUUUAUCAGGAGAUUCAUUAGCACAUGCAUCUCAUCCAUCAAAUCAAUUCAAAUGGCGUAUUUAG